UGCUGACGUCAGUAUUAUCGCGUUCAUUGUAUGGAGUGCUCUCAAGUCUCAUUGGCUUCACCCGCUUCCUGUUCAUUUAGAAGGUAGCAGCUUUUAGCUCCUGUGAUACUGGAAAAAUAUAUUUUUCUUUGUGAAAAUGAAUGUGGACCAUGAGAUAAAACUGUUAACUGAACAUAUCCGCCGACUUGGGAGCAAAAAUGCAGACGGGAAGUACAGCGUUAAGUUCGGCGUUCUGUUUAGUGACGAUGAAUGUGCCAACGUCUUUGAAGCAAUCGUUGGGACACUGAAGGCCGCCAAGAAGAGGAAGAUUGUCACUUUCCAGGGAGAGCUUCUUCUGCAAGGCGUCCAUGACAACGUUGAUGUCGUGCUGCUGCAAGACGAAGACUAGUGAAUGUACGUGUUUUCCAAAAAUAAUUAAAAAUAAAAAGCAACAACAAAGAUCAGGUUUGCAACUGAGGUAGUACCAUGCAGUGUCAAACAAGUCACAAUCAGAAUUUUAUGUGUUUUCAGGGCAACUAAAUAUGUGUCAAUUUUAAAUUGCAAUUUGAAAUUUGUAUGUUACAUUGGAAUGUAAUUUUUAUUCAGCAACAAAACGUUUCUAAGACAUAUCACAGGUAGUCUUGGUGGAACGAAAAAACAUCCUGGUGGUUUUCAUUUAUUGUUUACAUGUUCAUGUUGCUACCUCAUGAACUUUUGGAUAUGGACUUCUUUUUGACUUUUUUUGGACCAAUUGUUUAAAGGAAAUGUGUAUAAUUUUAAUAUUUGGUUGAAAGACUACUUUUUACUACUGUGACCAUGGCUUGCAUUUUACAAGUUUUGCCAAAGUUGGUGAAUGUAGAACAUGGUGUAGUCAAAGAGCAAGUUUCCUUGCCAAUGCACAACAAUUCUACUAUGUGUGGCCAUUAGAGAGAGAGGGUCAACACAAUUAAUGUGCAAUACUGUACUGUUUCCUUACUCUUAUAUAAUAGGAUAAUUUGUGCCAAAUAUAUAGUUGGUUUUGUAAAGUUUUCUCAGGACUAAAUCAACAUGACCAAGUAUUUUACAUUCAACUUUUGGUUAAAUUGUAUUUCUUAUAAAGAAUGAAAAACAAACCUGUGUGAUGAACAUAAAAUAUAGCCACCCUCAAUUUUUGUAUUUCUUUAAAAUAGUUACUAUUUUCCUUUAAAAGAUUGGCUGAUGGACAAUGUUUUAAUCACUCCUGAAAAAUCAAAGAGCUGCUAAAGUAAUAGGUUCUGAGAUUUCUCCUCAAAAGAAUUUGAUCCUUGUAGUAUUAGAUCCACUUGACCAUUUCUUUCUGAGGUGAACAGUGUUGGUCUCUAUGAAAAUAAAUUGACUGCGUGUUCUCAAGUAAUUCUAAUUGAUCAGAGAACAUGCAAAACUGUAUUCACAUCAGUAAUGAUUGUGGACAUGUAAUGAACACCGUUCAGGUUUUGGUUAUACAGCAAUAUAGUCUGUUCUAGCACCGUGAGAUAGACUCAGGAAGUGUUUAUAUUUGUAUUCAUAUGGUUUAUUGAAAGAAAUCAACUGAGGUAGACAGCACUGGAAUAACACUGGAUCCACACAUGGCAGGUCUGUUCAGAUUUUGCUGCCUACAUGUUCAGUACCUCUGUCAGAAGGAUAAAAAUGUUCUUACUGACAAAUGUAAUAAAAGCAAUGAAAGUCAAAUUACUAAAAAAAAAUAAAUAAAAUAAU